AUGAAAUCAACAAGAAAUAAUAAUAGACGUCGCCAUCAGUUUUUAGCAGUGCUACUUAUCACCGCUCACCUCGUUUCAGGCCAACCUCAACAACGCCACCAACCACACCAACCACAACAGCCACAGCCGCAACUUCCAAAAACCUUCAAUAACUACAAUCAUCCUCAAUAUCUAACGCCGAUUCAAAACGCCGGCGAUGACAAUUUCCGGUUUUUGAACGGAAACGGAAAUACCUUAGCACCCGAUGAGGUGUACUUAUUCAACCACGUGAUCAGUCAGGCUGAUUAUCAACGCGGAAAUAAAAUUUUCGAUGUCAUAGAAAAAACAGAAGAAAACAAAAUGGCGGCUGGUGGAAACAAAGAUAAUUAUGAGGUAAAAAUUGAUCGUGAAAAUAAUAAGCACAGAAAUAAAAACAGCAACCGCGAUGAUGCGAACGAUAAUUACCGCAAUCAAAACAAAAUUAUAAACAACAACAAAGAUCAUAAAAACACAGUGACCACGAAGUUUGACAAAACCUUAAUAAUUAGAAAAACUCCAAAAAAUGGCGCCAAUAUUAAUUUUGGUGACCGUGUCAAGGAUGACGAAAUUGGCGAGAAAAUUGAAAGUUAUGAGGAAGAAAAUGAUGAAAAAGAUGAUGAUCUGGUUGGAGUUGGUGGCGGUGAUGACGAGGAGAAAAUGGAGCUGAUGAAGCUGCGAGAUUUUCCAGGUCCUGGUUGGUUCAUGGCAUUUUAA